GCACCAUGAAAGUAGUCUUCCUCAUUGCCUUGGUCGUCUGCUGUGUAAAAUCCAGUGCAACGCAGUCGUGUAAGGGUCCAAGAACUCUCAAGAAAUUUUACCCACAAAGGAUAAAGGGACGUUGGUACGGUCUCCAAAUUUACUGGCCAUUUCCAGGUCUUGAAAUAUGGAGAGACUACUCGAACACGUUUACCCCGCAAUCAAAUGGAAGCAUGAUCUGGGGAUUUGAUCUCCGAUACGGGGGAACUUUGAACUUUACCAUGUGUUCUAAUUGGACUCGUGAUCUGGUACCAACGGACACCGUGGGCAAAUACAACUGGAUACUUGAUGGAACAGCUGUUGAUUCGUUAUAUUUUGUCAGGACCGACUAUAAAAAUUUCCUUAUCACGUACCAAAAGAGUCCAAGUUUCGACAACAUCCGUAUGAUCACCAUAUGGGGAAGGAAAACCUCCUUGUCUUCCAGACUUAAAAAGAGAACAAAGAAUAUCUUGGCAACGGAAUUUUGCCUUAGUAAUGAUGAUAUGGAGACGUAUAUGUGGAUUAAUAAACAUGAGAAUCGAUGCCCAGCAAAAGGUGAGAGAUAGAAACAAGCCACCUCUACUCCACAGCCAAUAGAUGUUACGGUAUGAUUAAAUAAUAACUUUUAAAAGUGUCUAAAACUAGUCUUUCAAAAAAAGAAUGGAUAGAAGAAUUUUAACCAGAAACGAAAUCUUCAAUACGAUACAUCUACAAAGAGGAAUCCAGGAUUUUGACGAGGACAUGCACACACUCAAACAAAAAACAUUAAGAUGUUAAACGUUACACGGGUUAACAUCUGUGGUACGGAUAGUGAAAUUAUAUGAUCUGUAACUCCCGUCCUCUCGUUAUCCUUGACAAGGUUAAGGUAUUAAAGGUGGUAUCUUCGGCGGUUGGGGAAACAGCUACAUGUAUUACUACCUUUGUAUAUCUGCAUUUUCAUUAAUGAAUUCCAUGGAAUUCGAAAGUAGGUCAGCAUAUGACUUUAAUA